AUCCCAUUGCGAAAUAAUGCAUUUUAGCCUGUUCAUUGAUUUGAAAUACCAGUCGAUGUAUGUAGCACGAGAGAUGCUCCUACAGCCCAUCAAACAACUGUUUGUUGCUGCUGGAGUGAAAAGUGCUUUAAUAAGCCAAGUCAUUGCGUAACAAUUCUGAAGACAAUUUAGUGUAAAAAAAAAAAAAAAAAAAAACAUCGCCAUGAUUAAAAAGCACUUGGCCUACAACAUAUAUUUUUUCACAAAUUGUUCAUUGAAACGCGCUUCCCAUUCGCCAAGUGCAUAGGCAACUUGGCAGGCUUCAGCGCGUCACACGUGACAUUUUGAAAACAUAGAACUGAUUGUUUGAAACCUGAACGUUUUACUACAUCAUUUAGGAUAACAAUAUAACUCAAUCACUGUUCGCAAAAAAAGACUGUUCAAUGCAGUGUGUUAAGAUACUUUUUGCUCAAUUAAGUUGAGACAUUUGAUAGUUAAAAACAGAUUGGAGUCUUUGUCUUCUAUUUACAGCAAUAGUCAUUUUACUUUCCAAACAGUUUUUCCGUGAUUUUGUAUUUUUUUAUGUUGCUAUAUGCCUGGCUUGGGUCUCUGAUUUUCACCGACAGUCGCAACUCAACUAUCUAUUUGGUAUUUGCUGCGCGCUCUGUCCAAAUUGUGGGCCCUUCAGCCUGUAUUCUAUGCGAUUUAAAACAAUCUACACAUUUUUUAAGAAGCUAAUGAUCCUCUGGCCAACUCAUGCUUUCUGGUGUAGUAGCCUAUUUUUAAUUAUUUUAUUUCUGUAUAUACAUGAGUAAGCUAAUAAUGCUCUAUACUUCUGUCAAUUAAAUUUGCUUUGGGGAAAGUUUAACACCCUAGCCUUAUGGACGUGCCGCCUACGUAUUCUAACGUCUUCAAAUUGCUCAUCGGAAUUCGGUGUGUGUGGUGUGGCGGCAUGACUCGUGGGCAAUUCUGGGUAGAGUGCUAGCUUCCUGAGGAUUGGCUGACAGCAGGAAAAGAGAACAGAGGAGAACAGGAGGAGAGGAGUUCCAACAUGGCUCUGCCUGACAAACACAAAGUGAAACGCCAACGACUAGACAGAAUCUGUGAAGCCCACCAGACGCCUGCAGCCCCAGUGGAUCACAAGAGGAACGCCGACCCAGAGUUCCUGGCUCUUCUUCGAAACGAGGGUCUCUCAGAGAGUACCAUCUCCUCACUCAUCCAGCAGGGCUUUGACACAACCGGCAUGCUGGCAGUCAUGGAGGAGAAUGACGUACGUUCUGUGGCUCCCAACCUAGGGCAGGCGCGGGUGCUGUCGCGGGUGGCCAUCAGCAUCAAGAGGCCCUUAGAGCCCCCUCCCAUGCCCCAGCAACAGGCCCACAUGCGGGGCCGCUCCAACAGCUUCAGCCACCGCUCUGACAUGUACCUCCAGCAGCAGCAGCACCAGCAGGCCAUGGGCAUGGACCCCCGGCUGAUGCCACCACAGACCCCUGGUACCAUGCAGACCAUCUCCCCCACCAUGGCUGAGGCCCUGGCCAGAAGGCCCAACAGUGCUCCCUCUCAGCAACUUCUGGAAAAUACACAGGGCUACCCAGGACCUCGUACUCCAGGGACCUACAACGGUGCCAUGGUCCCUGUCCAGUCCCGGCCCAUGUCUGCAUUCUCCCAACACCCGGGUGUCCCCAUGACGCCGGGAAUACAGUUGAUGGCUGCCAUGCCCCAGCAGAUGCAAGCCAUGCAACAACAGCAAAUGCCAGUGUGCAUGCCUGCCCAGCCGUCACCUCAGCAGGCCCCAAGGGCAUAUUCCACCAACUACACAGUGCCCAUGGAGCUGAUGAAACGGGACCGCAGCCUACAACCCAUGCACAGCGCCCACCCCAGCCCUCAGAUGAUACGCAAGGCUGGGGGCACCCCGUCCGAUGGAGCCAUGAUGCCAGUGGGUACCAGCAUGCAGAACCAGACUGCUAUGGCCACCAACCAGAAGCUUAGCCGCCGUACUGGCCCACCUGUCAUCGUCUCCACCAUGGCAUCACCAGAUACAAGUAUCCGUCCCCAGAUCAUGAAUGGGCCCAUGCACCCUCGCCCCCUAGUGGCCCUGUUGGAUGGACGUGACUGUACAGUCGAGAUGCCCAUCCUCAAAGACCUGGCCACUGUCGCCUUCUGUGAUGCCCAGUCCACACAGGAGAUCCAUGAGAAGGUGCUGAACGAGGCAGUAGGGGCCAUGAUGUACCACACCAUCACCUUGACCAGAGAAGACCUGGAGAAAUUCAAGGCUCUACGCAUCAUCAUCCGCAUCGGCAGCGGCUACGACAACAUCGACAUCAAGGCAGCCGGAGAGAUGGGCAUCGCGGUGUGUAACAUCCCAUCGGCGGCGGUGGAGGAGACAGCAGACUCAACUCUGUGCCACAUUCUCAACCUGUACCGGCGGAACACCUGGCUGUACCAGGCGCUCCGGGAGGGCACACGGGUCCAGAGCGUGGAGCAGAUCAGAGAGGUGGCAUCCGGAGCCGCGAGGAUCCGAGGAGAAACGCUGGGCCUCAUUGGCUUUGGUCGUUCAGGGCAGGCGGUGGCAGUGCGGGCCAAGGUGUUUGGCUUCAACGUGAUCUUCUACGACCCGUACCUGCAGGACGGUCUGGAGCGUUCGCUAGGUGUUCAGCGUGUCUACACCCUGCAGGACUUGCUCUACCAGAGUGACUGUGUCUCCCUGCACUGCAACCUGAAUGAACACAACCACCACCUCAUCAACGACUUCACCAUCAAACAGAUGCGCCAGGGUGCGUUUCUGGUUAACUCUGCGCGGGGAGGUCUGGUGGAUGAGAAGGCCUUGGCUCAGGCCCUGAAAGAGGGCAGGAUACGGGGAGCCGCCCUGGACGUCCAUGAGUCAGAACCCUUCAGUUUUACCCAGGGUCCUCUGAAGGAUGCUCCUAACCUGAUCUGUACUCCUCACACGGCCUGGUACAGUGAACAGGCCUCGCUGGAGAUGAGAGAGGCAGCCGCCACAGAGAUACGCAGAGCCGUCACUGGCCGUAUUCCCGACAGUUUACGAAACUGUGUCAACAAGGAGUUCUUUGUUACCACGGCUCCUUGGACAGUGGAACAGCAGCAAAUGCACCCCGAACUCAACGGUGCCGCGUACAGGUACCCCCCUGGUGUGGCCUCUGGUGGGAUCCAUGGGCCAAUGGAGGGGAUGGUGCCUGGGGGGGUGACAAUCGCCCACACCCUGCCCUCCGGUACCCACCCCUCCCAGGCCCCGUCCCCCAACCAACCCUACAAAAACGGGGAGCCCAUGAGAGAGCACAUGACCGAGCCAUAACUCUGCAUCCAGAGACAAAGGAGUUCAUAUAUACACAACUGACCCACCCACUCUUCGACCAGCAGACUGAUCGUUAGGGUUCACACAGAACACCGGAACCAAGUGGGGACAGUGAAUAUAUUCACAACUGCUUCUCCAAAGUGGGGACCGUCAAAACUCAUGUUCCAAGGAUCCUCUUCUUUUAAUUUUUUUUAUUCCUGUUUUCUGGGACACGUUGUUACCGCAUGCCAGAGUUAAGGCCCGUCCACCUUGACUGACCCACCAAUAAGAGAGCUUGGAAGGACAAUGACAUCAUCUGUUACUUGCCUUCCUCUAACCCCACCCUGCCCCAUUCCAUCAUUUCAGUUCACGUGUGUCUAUUUGUCUUUCCUCUGUUCUGAGACCACCCUACAAAUGAAUAUGUCUCUUUCUUCUUCAAUGUGAAAAAAGAAAUUAAGAAAUUACAUAGUUGUCAGACAAGUAGAAAAAGACAAUUGGUGUUACCAAUGCCAUCAGCAGUCUCAAUGGGGACCUCUAAACCCUGUCCUAGUCCAUCUCUCACCCUGUAGGUUGCUGGUUCCUGAAUGUACAGACAGGAUUUGAUGGACACAUCAGGGUUGCCAGAUCUCUUGAGCCUCAUGACCAGUGCGAGACAAAAACAAUAAGCCCAAAUUUAAGUGAAUAUGGGACCUGAAACCAUUUGAAUUUGUCCAUUGUGAACAUCUCUCAACCCCUGAGAACACCCAAUAUAUUAGAGAAGAUUUUGAUCUGGUAAACUCCUUUUAGACAUCUAGUUUCUCUGAAAAGCUUCUUCAAAGCUCCAGGUUCUGACGCACAAGGGGAUUGAGAGACUUGCUGUAAAGGUCAUUAUCGCAAUCUUAAGACAAUGUAAACUUUUAACUGUUGAUUCAUUGACUUUCAUUCCAACUCCGGAUUCAGUAAUCAUGUGGUGGUCUAGCACUAAAAUAUUGAAAUAAGAAAUGCAUGCAAAAGCCAUUCUAACUGUUAAAAGCACCUCUGCUUUUACAUGGACCUCCACAUCAUGGAUUUGGACAUUGUCACAGGUGUUUGUAUGCUAGAGGGCUCUCUUAAAAUGUCCAUUUUUUUUUCUCUCUCACCAAAAGGACCUACACAGUAGCACCAGCCAGACAGGAAAGGGUUUGGAAAUUGAGGUUACUGACUCAGGAAAAAUAACUUUUGCAGAUAUAAUCUUUUUCCCCAAAUUGUCUGAAAGAAAAAAAGUCUGGAUCGUUCUGCGUGUUUCCACCUUUUCUUCAUUGUGGUAUUUUUAUAAAUCAAACCUCUGUUUUUUGGUGUUCAAGGUUUUUGCAGAGUCCUGUUAGAUUUGUAUUGCCUAGUUAAAUGUUCUUAUAAUCAUAGUCUUAUGUGAACCCCCCCGCCGUUCUUAUAAUGAAAGCCAGUUGGAGCUCUUGGAGGCAUCGUGCACUCUGUGAGCAACAUCCCUAGUGCCCUGACUUUAGCAAGACAAGGCUACUAACAGAUUGUUUGGUUUUUAAGUGUGAGUAUUUGUACAAGGUGAUCUAUAAAAUUCAGUGCAGUUCAAAUAAAAACAAUGCUGUUCUAUCAGG